CACCACUUGGAGUUUAUCGAUUUAUCUAUAUUCUCGUAACCAAAACAACGACACGAAACUAUACAUAAUUCUUUUUAACGCCAAUUUUCAGAUCCGCUAGUGGUUUAGAAAUAAUAUAAAAAAAUGGCAAAGUCAAAGAAUCACACAAAUCAUAAUCAAAACAGAAAGGCUCAUAGAAAUGGUAUUAAAAAACCUAAAAAAUACAGGCACGAAUCUACCUUGGGUAUGGAUUUGAAGUUUCUCCGCAAUCAACGGUUUGCUAAAAAACAUAAUCUGAAGCCUAAACAACAAUUAAAGAGAGCAUUAGAAAGAAAAGCUCUCCGAAAUGCUAAAAAAUAAAUACGUUUUGGUGAUGAUAAAAAUUAAAUAAAUUUUUUAAAAACCCAAA